AUGUCCAAUGAUGUUGCCAGGUUCAUUUUCGUAGACACUCCGCCCAAGCCGGCGGGCAGACGAGUGCGAGACAUUGAGGAACAGCGAAGAAGCGCGGCCCGGACUUUCUUUCACGCCUUUUGUGACCAUCCAAGUGGCAUCGUGGCUGACUUCACGACGCCCCUCACACGCGAGGUGCAAGAUCAAGUCAAGGCGCAGGGCCGCAGAUUGCUGGAAACGCAGCUGGAGGUGGCACGCCUGCGCGGAGAGAUGCGACGGAGGCCCUACGGCAGAAAGGUCCUCGAUCACAACGAGGACUCACCCACGGCCGCUUAUCACGCGCAGCUCUGGAACGUUCCUACGGCGAAUCCCCCUAAACCGGUCCUACCUUCAGCCCUGGCGGGCGCAGAUGGCGAAGGCAACCUCAAGGAGGAGCGAGAUCUGCCAAGCAGGCUCGAGAAGGCAGAGGCGGCGGUGCUCGCCGCCCACGAAGCUCUGGGGAAUCGGCUCAUGGAGGUUCUCCGGGAUGCAAUCUAUCAGAAUCAGGUCGCUGUUCUGGUUCAGCGCAGUCACACCAGGUUCCUUGAAGAUCUACGCUCCGCUAGCGUGGCGCCCCGCGGUCCCUGCAGGGCCACACUCGCACAGCGAGGAACGUCGCAGACUCUUCUACAUAGCUUGAAACCACUGGAGGAGGUACCUCCCAAGAUCAAGGAUUCCGGCGCAGGCUUCCCUGUGUUGGCUGAGAUUGCCGCCGGCAUGGCGGCUGCGAACGUGGAGGAGCGUCUGCCCUGCCUCAUCUUCGAUUGGGACGACACGCUCUGCCCAACCUGGUGGAUGCGCUCGACGCUGCCACAGGCCGGUCAGGAGGCUUCACCGACACAGGUCGUAAAGCUUGCGCUCCAUGCAGGUCGUGUGGAGCAGGUGCUCAGAGCGGCGCGCAGCUUCGGUUCCGUCGACAUCGUGACCUUGGCAAACCGUCAAUGGCUCGAACAGACUUCUCGGUUUAUGAGCCCUGGCAAUCUGGAUCUACUGGGGCUGUUCGACGAGCUUCAGAUACAGGUGCACCAUGCCUACAGCCGGACUUCUCCGAAG